GACAAGCGAUCAGCCCUUGUUGCCUGUGUACAGACAGUACAGUAACUACAGUUCGACCAGCGGCUCACCACUGUCACCAGUCACUCCUAGGGAGAGUCUAGUGUGACUGAGAAGCGUCUUUCCAUUGAGCCGCCUGUUCAUCAUGAGAUCUGAGCUGUGACUUCUGCGACUUUACCGUACGAUGGCUGUCUUCUGGACUCCACCCAGAGUCUACUGGCAUUUAGAUGAUAACUGAUCAGCUGGGAGAAGCGUUCAAUUGCGGGAUGUCGCUCGCUUGUAUUGGCCGUAGAAGGUCUGGACUCUGCACUGAGUCUGCAGCCAAUACUCCAGACACCCUAACCCUGUCGACGUGCGCGUCCCAUCGUCCACCUGUGCGGACGUAUACGCGUCUACGUGUAUUGCUGAAUUGGCCAUGCCACUCCAGCAAAAUUAGCUUGAAGUCUUAUCUCAAUGGUUGAUCCUGUGGCAAGCGCUUUGCUCACGCUGAAUGCUUACACUCGGGCUAUUAACGACCUACCUGUCGAGCAAGUCUAUGCUGAACUGACAAGGCUCGAUAAGUCUGAGCAUCGGCUUAGAGAUACAAACGCUCAGCUACGCUUGGAAGAACCUUGUCUUGAAUUCCAAGAGGCUAUCGUUGAGAACGAAGUCUUGCUAGAAGCCUAUGUUGGCCGACGGCAAGCGAUUCACGAUGAUUUGAGGAACCGAGGAGCAAUGAUUCCACCUGUUCAGACUACAGGCGCCCGUGGGGCGCAGCCUGUUCAAGUGCAAACAAGUGACAGAUCCAACGACCAGUCUCAAGGACAAGGAGUGUUUCUGUGAGCGAUUACAGGGGAUUGAGAUGAAAUCCUAACGCUAAAUGUCGUCCUGUCUGAGACGACAGGAUAGGCGUGCAUCAAACAUUUCGUUACAAGCACAAAACCAGUCUGAAGAAGUCUAUUCCUGGUGAUCUUCGAAUCAAGAGCAUUGUUUCAUGUCGAGCACAGACCUGGCUGGACGCU